UCUCUGCAGAUAUCGGACUUCUACAAACAAUGUAGCUAGCAAAAGUGCUGAUAGUCAGCGGUGCUUUGGCAGAAAACAACGGCACCCUGACCUCAUCUUUACCCGGCUUCUUACGGAGAAUUCGUUGCCAAACUACAUCACCGGCACUGCCUAGUAUUGCUGUCAAAUUAAAUGCAAUAGUGAUAGACGGUGUUUCACCUCCUGUGUCGCUUUUCUUUCACAUUGUGCUUUUACAUUUCAGUGAUGCGAAAGCGAAAUAACUCGCUCACCGUGGACCAUGACAGCUCUUCCACCAACACAUUGCUGGACAGCAGUCCGGAUUUAAACUACUGUCACAAGAGAGGGGAAGGGGUUCCUGAGCCUUGUGUGCCAUCUAGCUCGGAAUCGGACAAAAACAUGGGCAGACCAUUUCGAAGAUAUGGCCUAAUGGGCAGAUUGAAGAGGAUCCUCCUGUGGGUGCUGGGAGUCUAUAUAACCAUCCCCUUCCUCGUCAAACUAUGCCCCUCAAUUCAGGCAAAACUAGUAUUUUUAAAUUUUGUGCGGCUGCCCUAUUUCAUUGACUUGAAAAGGCCACAAGACCAUGGGUUGAACCACACCUAUAACUUCUACCUGCAGCCAGAGACUGGUGUCAACAUUGGUGUAUGGCACACAGUCCCAGACCAGAUGUGGAAAGAGGCGCAGGGGAAGGACAGAGAGUGGUAUGACAGUACCUUUAAAUCGCCCUAUCCAGUCAUGCUGUACCUUCACGGCAACGCAGGGACAAGAGGAGGGGACCAUAGAGUUCAGCUCUAUAAGGUCCUUAGUUUAUUAGGCUACCACGUAGUCACAUUUGAUUAUAGAGGUUGGGGUGAUUCAGACGGGAGCCCCUCUGAGAGCGGAAUGACGUCAGAUGCCCUGUUCCUCUACCAGUGGAUGAAGGAGAGGGUGGGGAGCAAACCCCUCAACGUCUGGGGCCACUCACUGGGGACAGGGGUGGCCACUAACCUAGUCCGACGUCUGUGUGACCGAGGGACGCCCCCAAACUCCUUAGUCUUGGAAUCUCCAUUCACCAACAUCCGAGAGGAGGCCAAGAGCCACCCCUUCUCUAUGGUCUACCGGUACCUUCCAGGCUUUGAAUGGUUCUUUUUAGAUACCAUUUCAGCAAACGACAUUCGAUUUGCCAGUGACGAAAAUGUGGACCACAUAUCCUGUCCAUUGCUUAUCCUUCAUGCCGAGGAUGACUCAGUCGUGCCCUUCCAUCUAGGGAAGAAGCUGUACAACAUUGCUUCCCAGUCCAAGAGCCUGAGUGGACACAAGCUUCAGUUCAUCCCCUUUCCUGUCUCUCUGGCCUACAAGCACAAGUUCAUUUACAGGAGUCCUGAGCUGCCACACAUACUCAGUGACUUCCUUGGCACGAGUCAUCCCCAUGCAUAACCGACAAGAACAUUUCCACCUGUCCAUUGUUUCCUCUUACAACACCCCCCCCUCCCACACACACACACAUGCACACACACACUGAAACUAUUUCACUGUAUGCUUUAUGGUUGGUGUACAUAUCUCAUAAAACAUUGAAAUGUACACGCAUGGACUGAAGAAGAUGCAUCCAUUCCUUUAUUUAGCAUUCCUUUGACACCUACAAUUCCUGCAAGACAUAAACGGAACACUGGCAAAGAGCGAGGGAUGGACAACUGGCUUGGCUUGUUGUCAAGGUUACACAAACCAAGAGGAUGGCUUGAGCACAAAGAUGAAAUAUGCACAUAUUUUAAGGAGCCAAGACAAACAUCAUGGAGUGGGAAGAACAGUGGAUCGAGCAGGGAAGCAGUGUUUUUAAUUGCACAAUGUUUGGGGAAUAGACAUUCAUACACAAGGCGAGGAAGGAGAACGUUUUUCAUUUUACAACUCGUCUGCAGCACAGAGCAAAUUCUGUUAAUACCAGUCCAGUUUAUUUUCCCAAUUUUUUUAUUUUUGUUACAUUACAGAUCAUGAUUUAAAAGUAUCUAUUAUAUUUGACUGAUCUCAGAUGAGAAGUUUUGGACUCUAGCUUUUCUCUAUUUAAGGAAAUGUAUAACUUGAAUUAAAUAUUAUACAUUUAACCUAA